AGGUGGAUCCACGCGUGUGGGUUUCCUCGGCAUUACCCUCUCCUCCACAGAAAGCUUGCGUCCGCGGCUGCUCUCUUUUUCCACACGGGCGCGCUGCGGCGGCGAUUCCCCACCGGCGAGAUUUCGACGGACGGACUGGAGGUCAACGGGAGCGGUGGAGCUAACAUCACCGGAUGGAAAAGUGAUGUGUUCCCGGUGGAAUCCCAAGAUUCCAUGAGUGCUCCAUCCCUAGAGCUCGAGAAGGACGAAGAAGCAGCGGUGGUUGGAGAUGGGCAGAGAUACGAGGUGUGCUCUGAAGCUACAAGCGGCUGGACGAGGAGGGUGAGGCUCGGGAAAGCACCUGGUGAGAGGGACAUGAACCACGACAGGAAAACCGCGGUUGAGCUGUCUGUCCGUGCUUAUGCUGAAAAAUGUGAAGGGCAUGUCAUCAAUCCAACAAUUGGCACGGAAUUUGACUCGUUGGAUGAGGCAUAUGAGUUCUACAACCUAUAUUCAUGGGAAACUGGGUUUGGUAUACUGCUGGCGAAGAGCAGGCUCAAUGUGCAGAGAACAAGAUGUAUGCAAGAGAUUGUGUGUGCAUGCGCGGGUGAGUGUGGGAAAAGCAUAUCUGGAGAAUUUGGAGAGGGAGGCCUGACCGAAAAAGUGCUCGCAAGCUAACUGCAAGCUGGUUGGUAAAGAGGGCUUGAGUGGGUAAUUAAAAAGAUGACUUAGCUGUCAAUGUAAGGCAGUUGAUAUUUCAGUCAUUUUCGACUUCGAUUCAGGUGGUGUUUGGUUCUCUAGUCCUAGGACUUUUUCUAGUCCCAACUAAAAAGUCCCUAGUCCCUAAAAAGUUCCUCCCUGUUUGUUUCCAGAGACUAAAAAGUCCCUAGUCCCUUUCUAGAGGUUAU